AUGGACCUCCCAGAUCUCUCCCUCGGACUCAAUGGCACCCACGUCCUCAUCACCGGCGGGGCCGGGUAUAUCGGUUCGGCAACGGUGGAAUCCUUUCUCGCGGCCGGUGCCAUCGUCUCCGCCUUCGACAUCAACGACGAAAAGAUGAAAGCAUUCCCCAGCCAUCCAAACCUAUUCUGGCACAGAGUGGACAUCAGUUCGGAGUGCGGACUCGAAAGCGCUUUCGAGACCAUCCGACAACAGCAUGGCUUGGUCCAGGUCUGCGUCGCGCUCGCCAGCAUCGAUUACAGCUACCUGGCACAUCAUGCGUCUUUGGCAGACAUGCCGUUGGCUCAGUGGCAAGAAACCAUGCGCGUGAACGUGCAGGGCACCUUUCUCACUGCGCGCACCUGGCUGCGGCAACUCAGGGCCCAUGCCACCGCCACGGCGCGGAACCUAAGUCUCAUCAUCAUCGGCAGCGAGGCCGCCGAAACGGGCGUAACGGGAAACGCGGACUACAGUGCCGGGAAGGCGGCUGUACAGAUCGGGCUCGUGCAGUCACUGAAGAAGGAUGUGGUCACGAUCCAUCCGCGGGCUAGAGUGAAUGCCAUCGCGCCAGGAGCGGUCGAUACGCCGCAAUUCCGGAAGGAGUGUGAGGAGGAUCCGGAUGAAUUGUGGAGAACGGCGCAGGCUACGACGGCGCUGAGAGCGCCGGUGGCAGUGGACGCAGUGGCAAGGAGUGUGGUGUUCCUGGCGAGUGAGAACUGGAGUGGGAAUGUGACUGGACAGGUAUUGAGCGUGGAUUCGGGGAAGCAGGGAAAGGUGCAUUGGAUGCCUGGGGAGGUAGCUUGA